AUGGCCCAGGGCGAUGAUGUGUCGUUGCCGUUCGGCACGUCCCGCAAGUCGUACGCGCCCAGAGCGGAUCGGGUGGAAGCUGGUGCAGAACGUCGUGGUGCCCAUGGGGUGUGCGUCGCCGAGUUUGCCCUGGAGCAAGGCUGUCGUGCCGGCCCCAUCUUCGAACCACCGGCCUUGUUCGGCUCACUGGCAAGGCCCACUUCCCGGGCUGGUCGUGCACCUGCCGCCGCCGGCAUCGAGGAGCGCGGCAAGAGCGCCGCGGCCCACGUCGAGGCGGCCUCGCCGCGGCGGGCGCCUGUUGGAGCGUGGCAGGGCGGAAGUUCCGAGCUGAUGCGAAUCGAGCCAGGGUCGGAGGCCCUCGAAGUCGAGCCGAGCCGCAUCGGAGGAGUCGACGUGAGCCCCGCGGCGGCACGGCGCGGCGGCGGGCCGCCACCCGGGCCGGGCGCCGCGCUCCCAGCAGGUCCGCGCGGAGGCCCCGCCCUGGCGUGGUCGUGCACCCCGUCGGGUGCUGCCAGAAGUGCCCCUGGCCCAAGUUCGAGCGAGUGCUCGGCGUGA